CGGAAUGCCUUAAUCAAUAGCAACGAAAAAGAAAUUGUAGAGCCACGCACAAGUUUCGGCUCUGCGUACGAAGAGAAGAGGCGCAAGUGGCAAGCAACGAUGCAGCAGCCGCGCCGACGCAUGCGCACCGCUGGCAAAGCAUAUGCGCCUGCGGGCAGAAGGACCAGAAGGCCAAAACGAGAGGAGGGAGCGAGAGAUAAGUAUAGUUUUGUCGUCGGCAGUGAUCUUCGUCUUCUACUCGGCAAAACUUCCUGAGUGUCGACAGUGUCGAGUGUGUUAUUAAUUGGACCGCAGUGGCGUACGAUCGAUUCGAGUGUGUUUCUCAAUUUAAUCGUACUCUUCGCUUAUGUCUUGUGAACGUUACUUCAUAAUAACCUUUCAGCGGCAGUUGAGCUAAGCUGACUUGACAACAGGUGGAUGGAGUCAAGGGUGGAUGCUCUUGGAGCAAGGUUAGGUGUUUUAAACGCGAGCCGACGUAAACAAAGCAACAAAUGAUAGCGAGCUGUCAAAGGAAUUUGCAACACAGAUCCAUCAUGAUGAAGUCGAAAAGAGGGAGGAGAAGAAGCAUUAACAACAGACAGCUUCUGCUUGCCGUGAGCGACAAUGACUUUGACGAAGUCGACCGCCUUAUUAAUGAUUCCGUGGACGUUAACUUUAGAGAUCCUGAUGGCUUUACGGCUUUGCAUUAUGCCGCUGAAUUCGCCGAUUCAAAAAUAGUUAAACUUUUGUUAAAUAAAGGAGCAAAAGUAGACAAUAAAGAUAAUAACCAAGAGACUCCGUUGGACAUUGCUAAACGUCUGAAUAAGUUAGAUAUUGCUAAAAUUCUUGAAAGAAUAGCAGAGCUCAGAAAUACACCACCAGAUGAUUCAGUGAAUGUCCAUUAUAGGAAGCUACUCCUUAAAAAUGGGUUCCACCAAACUAAGCCAGAAGUUUGGAUUAAUCCGGUCCAUGACAACAUUUAUCAGUUAAAGAUUUUAAUGCUAUUUUUGUACAGAGCUGUUACAUGUAAAUAUUCAUUUAGACUAAGCACUGAGCCCAGAGAACCUAAGAUAUUACACGAUUUAGUGCUUGAGUAUACUCAAAAUGGUGCAAAAGUUUACAGGCUUCUGCAGGCAAAGCAUAACAUUGAUGAGACUAAAAAAAUUACUGUAGAUAACUUACUUACAGAUAUAAGCAGUGAUUAUAGUCUGAUAAAGUAUUUUUAUUAUUAUCAAGCUUUUGAAAAUACAAUAUUGCUGGAAGAUAGUACAAUCAAGGAUGUUACUAUUUGUACAAACAUUGAUUUUGACUAUCAGAAUUUGAAAGAGGCACAGAUCGAACUUCAACAGAUAAUGGGUAUGGAUGUUAUUUUAGAUGGUGAAAUUAAUGGCACACAGUCAAUAAAGUAUAAAUUUACUGAUAGCAUACUUGUAAAGUUAAAAAACAAAUUAAAACAACACAGAUAUGGUUCAAAACAUAUUGUGUCUGAUCAUGAAAUCAAAGAUUUUUUUCAAAAGUUGGUUUUUGCUGUUAACCAACCAAAUGAAGAGGAAUUAGGCAAUAUUAUUAAGAAAGAAAUAAGCAAAGAAUUUGGGCUCAUCACCAUAGGGGAUGAAUGCAACAAAUUUUUCUUUCAAAUGCUCAAUUGGAUGAAAGGCAAUAAUUCAUUUAGAUCAUGUAAAAAGGGUAAAGAUUUUUUUGAUAGGUUCAAAAAAGGAAUAUCCAUUCAGCACAAUGUACAAAAUCCUGUUGAGUCAUUCACCAGUAGAUCAGAGCAGAUAAAUAAAAUGCAUCAACUUCUUCAAACAGGAAAUAAGACAACGGUCUGCGUGAGUGGAUCUGGCGGUGUAGGCAAGAGUGAAAUGGUUAAGCAAUAUAUUUCUACAUUCAGCAAUUACUACGACAACAACAUAGUGUGGAUCAACGCCGAAAAUUAUCAGACUCUCGUAAAUUCAUUUCGCAAAUUAGCAUGUGAUACACUAGGCAUUUGCAUGCUGAAAGCAGAUGGCAAGGAGAAGGAAAUUACAACUAUCGUUGCAGAAACUUACCAAUACUUUUCCAAAAAUAAGAGCCUUUUUGUUUUCGACAGUGCUGAGAUGUAUCAAAGUUAUGAAAAAUUUGACUCGGGAAUAGAGCGUUUUCUAUCGUCUUUGCCACAUAAUUGUAAUAAGCCUUACGUUAUCAUUACGUCUCGCAAACAAAAGUGGCCGAAAACUAUAAAAGUAAUAGUACUUGAAGCUUUUACCGAGGAGGAAGCUGCGAAUUUCAUCUCUGUUUCUCUACGGUUGAAACACAACGAGCCAAAAGGCAAAGCAAUAGAAUUGGGCAAAAAAUUACAGCUAUUACCAUUGGCAUUGCAUCUGGCAGUCGCUUACAUAACUGCGCAAAACGAUGAACUCCAGAAUAUUAGUUCAGAGUUCGAAAUAAGUGACUAUCUAGAGAGACUUGCAGAAAAAAGCCAAGAAAUAUCGAAUUUUCAAUUUGCCGAAGAUUGUGAUAGUAAGUAUGCCGAAAUUACACUUGUCACGUGGAACAUUUCAUUAGACGUCAUUCAAAAGAGAAAGAACGGCUGUGAUGCCUUGGCUAUUAUGAAUAUUUUAUUAUAUCUAUUGCCAGAUAAUAUUUCACUAGAUAUACUUUUUAUGUCGUUCAGAAACAAAAACAGAUUGGUUUCCGCCAUACAAUUACUCAAGCAAUACUCAUUCAUUGAUGCACGGAAUAAAAUUUUUAACGUCCACAGGUUGGUGCAACAAGCUGUCAGAAUGAAGUUGAUUGAAAGUAAGAGUGAGACAGAGGUACUCAGGAAAAUUUUAAAAGGUAUUGAUGUUAGCCUGAUAGUACCUGGAAAUAUUGAUAAUUUCAUUAAUUUAUGGACGCAUUCGAGCAAGUACACGGAACUUGUGGACGAAUUCUAUGAAAUUCCCGAGAAAAUCAGAGAAAUUAUGCUCUCGUGUGGUAGACAUAAAGAAGCUUAUCGAAUGGGAAAGAUGAGAAAUGAUUUGGGUCAGCAACCAGAAGAAGACAUACAAACAAAACUCGAUAUGCUGGCUAUGAAAACUCAGGUGGCUUGCACGCUUAUUAACGAAGGUGGAGGCGUGGAAGCUUUGGAAGAAUUGCAAGAGAUUUACGAGGCUCAAAGAACUUUACGAGGUGCUAGUUCACGUGAAACUAUAGCCGCAAAACGUAAUAUUGCAUAUACCCUUCGUAGCUUGGGGAAGAAUGCCGAAGCGUUGCAAUGUUAUCAAGAAGUUCUCGAAGCUGGUAGAGCUUAUUUAGGCGAAAAUGAUCCCGACACUUUAGCCACAAGAAACAACAUCGCCACGUUCCUCAUCGACGACGAAAUGUACGACGAAGCCUUACUAAUCUUUCAAGAGAUAUAUAACGUGCAAAAGCGGAUUUACGACGAGAAGGACGAUAAUAUUUUGAUAACAAAGAACAAUAUUGCAAAUGUAUUAUGCAAGCAGAACAAAUAUGAAGAGGCGUUGAAAAUCUGGCAUGGCAUUUACAAUAUUCAGAAGAAAACCCUCGUUGAAAAUCAUUCCGACUUAUUGCACACUAGGAGUAGCAUAGCGAAUGUAUUAUUCGAACAAGAAAAGUAUGCUUCUGCCUUAGAAAUCUAUGAAGACUUACUUCGAAUUAAGACAAAACUGCUCGGCGAGGAGCAUUCAGAAGUCGUCGACAUUCGUGUGGAUAUUGCUUGUACACUAAAGAUGCAAGGCAAAUUCAACGACGCACUGAUUAUUUUACAUGAGUUAUUGAAGAAACAAAUCGGCGAUUCGGGUUUGUAUAACCCUCACGUUCCAAAGACACUAAAUGCCAUGGCGUCGGUAUUGUACGAUCAAGAAAAAUACCCCGAAGCUUUUAAAACUUAUCAAGAGCUUUUGAGUUGUCAGAUUACGAUGUUUGGCAAGGACGAUCUGAGGACUAUCAAUACUCGCGGCUACAUCGCUGGCAUUUUAACUAAACAAGGCAAAUACGACAAUGCGUUAGAGUACUAUCAGGAUAUGUUCAGAAUAACGAAGAAAUCAUUUGGUAUGAAUCACAGGACGACCUUAGCUGCGAAACAUGAGAUUGGUGUAAUGAAACUUUGCAAGAAAGAAUAUGAUAAAGCAUGGGACAUACUAACGGAAGUGUUGGUCGCUCAGGAAGCUUUGUUAGGCAGAGAACACAUGGAUUACAUUACAACUUUGAAGAAUUUAGCCAUCAUUUCAGCUUACAGAGAGAAGAAUCAAAAUUCAAGCCAAUCAACGUCGAAAUCAAACGGUCCAUUGGCUGCGAUUGCGAAUAACGACAUAAUUACUUUAAAGAAAUUGGUGAAAAAUGGUACCGACGUCAACGCACAGGACAGAAAUUUACUGACGUUGUUGCAUCACGCAGUCAUGGUUAAUCAACCGAACAUCGUUAAAUUUUUAUUAGCUAACGGGGCUGACAUUAAUCGAGUAACAAGCAAAGGCGAGACUCCGUUGCACAUUGCAGCGUCGAAGGGUUACUUAGCCGUAGUUAAAAUUUUACUGGACUAUCCGAGCUACGAAGAAUUGAAAGUAUUUCUCAACGCUAGAACGGUUACCGAAAACACAGCUUUACAUCUCGCGGCAGUCAAUGGAUUUUUAGAGGUAACAAUACAGCUGCUGAUACGAGGAGCAAUGUACGAUUUGAAAAAUCAGAACGAUCAAUUACCGGUCGAUCUUGCAAUAGAUCGAUAUCUGAAUGGUUUCUUAAGGAAAGUUUGCGUGCACUCCGAACUCUCGAAGUACGGUGUCGAGGAGGUUUACAAUCAACUGCAACGUCUUCCUUAUGAGGAGUAUUUGGCUUUAGUUAAUGCUCGAAAUUCUCAAGGGCACACCAUGCUGACGAUCGCAGUGAUCAAUAAACGAGAGAAAGUUACGAAGCUGUUGGUCAAAUUGCGAGUCGACAAGGCUUAUUGCGUUCAUUUUAUGGCGAAUUUCAAUUCGAAUCUUAACGAGUUAUUGGCAUACGCUGAUAUUGCGAAGAAAACAGUGAAAGACGAAAGUGCGAGUUUUCAGCAAAUCGUGACUGACGUUAGCGAUUUGAUAUCGGUUUUCAGAACUUACAAUAAGGAUAGUUUCGAUUCAAACAUCAUCAUUAUCGAAGAUAUGCUGCAGCUGUUGGAAACUCACGAGAACGCAAAGUUAUUUUUAGGCUUGGCCAAAUUCACCAUCAGUAAACAUCUGACACUUUUCACAAGGUCGAUUUACACUAUUCAGUUGUACGAGGCAGCGAAGAACAACGAUCUGGGUCAUAUACAAGAGCUCAUGACAAAGAAUAUCGAUGUAGACGUGAGAGACAAUGGAGGGUGGACACCGCUGCACUUUGCUAUCAAUGUCGGCAACGAAAGAAUGGCAGAAUUAUUGCUGGCGAGAGGUGCCGAAGUGAAUUGCAUCACGAACAUGGGUAAAUUCACACCGCUGCACAUCGCCGUUAAUAAAGGGCACGUAAAAGUCGUGGAGUUAUUGUUGAGUCGCAGCUCGAAGAGUGAAUUCAUCGAUGCAAAAACUGAAGCUAAAGGCUCGACAGCUUUGCAUAUUGCUGCAAAAAAUGGACAGUUGGCUAUUGUUACACAUUUGUUGGCACGAGGAGCGAGCUAUUGCAUUAGAAAUAAAGAUGGACAGUCGCCUGUAGAUUUGGUUGAGGAACCGAAUAUUAAGGAUUUGUUUAAAUUGAUCGAUGAGUUGUUUGUCGAUGCGGAGAAAGGCAAAACCGAUAUCAUCAAUAAGUUGAAAGCAUUAGAACCAAGUGGGAUUCAAACUGUAAUUCGCGUGAGGAACGACGAAGGAUUUUCGAUGACGGAAGUUGCUGCGUUAAAAGAUCAUCGAGAACUUGCUAGUCAAAUUCUUAGUAUGUUCAAAUCUACCUUUAAUUUGCCAGAGAGUCUCGGCAUGCCAAAGCUCGUCUCUUCCUCAAAAUCGUCAGCCAUGGCAUCUUGGGAACGGGCAAGAAGAAAAAGCAUAAACAGCAGAGAACUUCUCAUCGCAGUCAGUCAUAAUAAAUUGGAAGAAGUUGGUCGUUUAAUAAAUCAAGAUAUAGAUAUAAAUUUUAAGGAUAAAGAUGGAUACUCGGCUUUAUCAUUAGCAGCCGAAUUCGCAGACUCCAAAAUUAUUCAACUUUUGAUUCGCAGAGGCGCCAUUUUAGAUAUUAAGAACAGCCAUGAAGAAACUCCUUUAGAAAUUUCUAAGCGCUUGAAUAGAUUUGACAUUGCUAACAUUUUUGAAGUAGCGAUCAAUGAAAAAUCACAACCAAACGAUUCGAAUGUAACUUACAUUUCUUCAAUUAUAAAAAAUCACCGCGAAAAAAUUGAAAAUUCAGUUCGGAACGAUGCGAGUCAUGAAUGGAAUAAUAUUAUUUACAAUAAUAUUUAUCGAUUGAAAGUUUUGAUGCUAUCCUUGCACAGAGGCCUCACAAAUAAUAAGAAGAAAUAUCGAUUGCUAACAGCUAAGCACAAAAGUGACGGAAAUGGGAAAAUCACAGCUGAUCAUCUGCUCUUAGAAACAAGCAGUGAGUACAAUUUGAUCAAGUACAAAUUUACUGAAAGUUUAGUAACAAAAUUGUCAGCCGAAGUAGAUAAUUGUAAAUAUAAGAAAAAUAGUAUAAACAGCCGCGAUGUCAAAGCCUUUUUAGAACGUUUGACUUUUGCGGUUGAUCAGCCAAACGAAGAAGAAGUAGGAAAAGUUAUAAAAAAGGAAAUCGGUAAAGCAUUCGAUUUUAUAACUACAGAAAAUGUGUACAAUAAGUUCCUUAUGAGAAUAAGGAGUUGGAUGAAAGGCAAGAAAGCCUUUGUUAGUUGUAAUGACGGCAAAGAUUUAUUUGCUUAUCUUAAAAAGAAUACGUUUAUAUGGUACAACGUACAGGAUCCUGUCAAAUUAUUUGUUGGAAGACGAGAACAACUGGAAAAUGUACAUAAAUUGAUGCAAGAUUCAUGUGAUCAUUCAAUAUUGUGCGUAAGUGGCCUUAGCGGAGUAGGUAAGAGCGAACUCGUAAGAAAAUACGUAGCCGAACACGCGGAACGUUACGAUCAUAAAAUUGUAUGGCUUAACGCAGAAAGUUACCACACUCUAGUGAGUUCUUUUCAUAAGCUGGCAAGCGAAAAAUUGGGCAUUGGCAUAAUAAACAUUGACGGCAAAGAAAAGGACAUUCGCUCGCUGGCCUCGGAGGUUUACCAGCAUUUUUCCAAAGGUCCAAGUCUUUUCAUUUUCGAUAAUUCCGAAGUCUAUACAAGUCAGAGCUGCUUCGAUUCUGCGAUUGAUAAAUUUUUGCCUGGGAGCUUACCGGACGAUUGUCACAAGCCGCGUAUUAUCAUAACUUCCCGUAAUCAACAAUGGCCGGAUAACGUAAUAUUGCUGUUUCUGGGACCAUUCGAUGAAAAGGAAGCUGAAGAAUUCAUUCGUGAAACUGCAAGAUUGGAAAAUGAUGAGGGUAUGGAGCAAGUGUCUGAGUUAGGAAGACAAUUAUUGUUACCUUUAGCAUUGCGAUUAGCGGUCGCGCAUAUUUUAAUACAAAGUCAUGAAUCACCAUGUUUCAGCUCAGGCUUAAAAAUUUGUAAAUACAUAAAAAAACUCGCGGAUGGAAGUCGAGAGUCACUGAAUUUUGAAUCUCCAACUGACUCUGAUAGUGGAUAUAUCAAAAUAAUCGAGAUAACGUACAAUGUAACCUUGGAAGCUUUAAAAGAAGAAGAGAAUUUUAAUGACUGUUUGAGAAUUUUGAAUUCUAUCUCUUAUUUCCUACCAGAUAACAUACCUACGAAAACUCUUCUUACCUUUUUAAAUGACAAAGAAAAAUUAGGAUUAGUAAUCGAAGUAUUAAAGAAGUACUCGCUGAUUAGCGUCUAUCAUAAUAUUUUCAGCAUACACAGAUUAGUGCAGCAAGUAAUCAGGCAAAAACUCGCGAAAAGUAACGAAGAAAAAAAAGCUUUAGGACAAAUCUUGAAAUCAAUAGACUCGGUGCACAUCGACUCUGGCAAUGUAGACCACUUCAUAUCGCUUUGGUCGUACACGAAAAAGUACUCCGACCUGGUUGAAGCAUACCACUAUGUGUUCUCGUUGAUCAUCGGCGAAUUGACAACCUGCGGAAGAAUCGAAGAGGCCCACUCUAUGGGAAUCGAAAUCGUGGAACUACUGAAUCCGUUGUCCGAUAACAGCGACAUUCAAUCGGGAUUGAUGAGCAUGAAAAGCCGCCUCGGUGAUAUAUUACUGCGGCAGGGUAAGUACGAGGCAGCUCUGCGCGAAUUUGAAGAGUUGUACGAGACGGAAAUUGGCUUGAAGGGCUCGAGCGACAGUAAAGCUUUGGAGACCAAGUCGGAAAUAGCUCUGGCCCUGCAGAAAUUGGGAAAAACGAACGAAGCGCUGCAGUGCUACCGGGAGAUUCUCGAAAUUCGCAGUGCCACGCUGGGCGAAAGCCAUUCGGGAACUCUGUCGAUCAAGAGCCACGUGGCCACCGUGCUGAUGGAGCAGGAGAAGUACGACGAGGCCUUGCCCAUGUUCGAGCAGGUGUACAACGCGCAGAAAACCAGCCUGGGGGACGAUCACUACGAUACCCUGAUGACGCGGAACAGCAUGGCGGCUCUGUUCCUCUUCCAGCGCAAGCACGAGCAGGCGCUCAAGAUAUUCCAGGACAUCUACGAGGCGCGCAACGGUGUGCUCUUCGAGAAUCAUCCCGCGCUUCUCGCUGCCAGGCAGAACAUCGCGACCACCCUGCAGCGCCAGAAGAAAUUCGAUCUCGCGCUGGAGAUCUACGAGGAAGUCCACAAAAUCCAGAACGAGCUGUUAGGCGAAGACCAUCCCGAGGUGCUGGCGAUCCGUGGCGAAAUCGCUGUGACGUUGCACAUGCUAGGGAGGCUUGACGAAGCCUUCGUCAUUCUGCAGGACGUCCUAGAGAGGCAAAGCGAGGUCUUGGGAUUGUACCAUCCUCUCGUACUGAGAACUCAGUUUUUGGUGGCGCACAGUCUCGAGGAGCAGUGCAGAUACUCGGAAGCAGUGCCGAUCUAUCAGGAACUUUUGAAGCUAGGAUUAUCAGCGACUGGCAUCGCUUCCAUGCCGCUGAAGCUCCAUAACAGCUUGGGCUCCAUAUUCAUGCUGGAGGGAAAUGUUGAUAAAGCGCUGAAGCAUUACGAGGAAGUGCUGAAAAUCACCGAGAACGCUUACGGAUCCGAUCAUCCCCAAACAUUGAUUGCUAAGAGUAACGUGGGCUCGUUGUAUUACAAAAAGAAGGAUUACAACAAGGCUCUGAGUAUUCUGACUGAAGUGCACGACACCGAAGAGUUUACAUAUGGAAAGGAUCACGAGACCUAUAACUCUACCUAUCAUUUUAUAAACAAAAUUUUGUUCGAAAAAGAGUUGCACGAAUCUCAGCUUAGGAGUGUUGCGCAAUCGGCAUGCGACGAUCCUUUGGUUGCCAUUGAGAACGGCGAUCUCGCCUCGCUGAAGAAACUUAUCAAGAAGGGCGCGAAUAUGAACGCAAGAGACGCGAACAGGAAGACGCUGUUGCACCACGCCGCGAGGAUCAAUCGUCCGGAAAUGGUAAAAUUUUUGCUGAAGAAGGGGGCCGAUGUAGCCGCCGUCACCGAUAAGGGAAAGACUGCUCUACACGUGGCCGCGCUGCACAACCAUCUGCAGGUCGCCGAUGAAUUGCUGAGGAAUGCGAGUGACGAGCAGUCGAGAGCACUGAUCGACGCCAAAACGACGAGCACGGCCACCACGGCACUGCACAUAGCCGCAAAAUAUGGCUUCUACGACGUCGCCAGGCUGCUGCUGACUCGGGGCGCGGCUCAUGACGCGAGAAACGGUGACGGCAAACGGCCGAUCGACCUGGCCAGAAACUCGAGCGUCGUCGCUCUGCUCAGCGACGUUCGCGCGCUGUUCGAGUUCGCUCGAUCCGGCGAUUCACGACGUCGCGCUCAGCUGACGGAGCUGGCCACGGCUGAGUACCUGGCGGUCAGCAGCGCCCGCGACUGUCAAGGACACAGCGCUAUGCACGUGGCGAUCGUUAACUACCAUCGCGACGCUGUGAGACUGAUCGGUGAAUCGGCAGUCGCGCGCUCGGGCCUCGUCUGUUCCGCGCCGAUGUUCGGCGCAAAUCUAGAUGAGCUCCUGCCGCUGGUGGGAUGCGCCCUGGCCAGACUACGAGACGAGGCCUGCGCUACGAAAACCGCCCUGAAACACGCGCGCAGGCUCGUGGCCGCCGCGAGGUGCCGGGAGCAGCGCCCGUCGGACCCAAGCGUACGGGCGAUCGAGGACAUUCUGACGCUGACGAGAUCUCGCAAGGAGGACGAGCGCCUGGCCGAUCUCGCCAGGCUCGCCGUGGAUUACCACGCGGAGGCGCUCCGGCGGGCGAUUCACACGGCCAAACUGCUGGACGCGGCUAGGCGCAACGACCGGGCCUCCGCGGAGAGGUGCGUGUCCGAGCUGGCGAACGUGAACGCGAGCGACGAAGAGGGCUGGACGCCCUUACUUCACGCCGUCAAUGCGGGCAACGAGCGGAUGGCGAGGCUGCUGCUGGACAACGGGGGUCGCGCCAACUGCGCGACGAGGGCGGCGAGGAGCACCUCGCUGCACAUGGCCCUCGGCAGAAGCCACGCGGGCAUCGUCAAGUCGUUGCUGGCCAAAGACUCGACGAGCGAGUUCGUCAAUGCCAAAACGGAAGCGAGGGCUUCCACGGCAGUGCACAUCGCGGCGAAAAUGGGACGCCUGGACAUGGUCGUCGCGCUGCUGAGGCACGGCGCCGUCUAUUGCUUGCCGAACAAGGAUGGCGAGCUACCGAUCGAUUUGACGAGCGACGAGUCCGUCAAGGCGUUUCUCGAAUCGGUCGACGAAUUGUUUUACGACGCUAAGAACGGCAGGACGCAAGUGCUUCGAAAAUUGAGGGCCAUGGGGCGUGACGAGCUUCUAGCUGCGGUUUCGGCAUGCAACGAGGAAGAGCUCACUCUAGCGAAUGUCGCGGCGGCGAGGGAGCAUCGGCGACUCGCAAACGACAUCGCUGACUUGUGUAAAAAUUUCAAGACCAAUUUUUGAAUGCUAGAGGCGAUUAAUGAAAUAGGCCUUCGAUAUUUUUAUUGUGUGAAUACCUGCUUUAUUGUUUCAAUAUUUUUAUGUAUCGCCCACCAAAGAAGGCAGGUUUGCAAUUAAAUCAUUAAAUUAGCCGUAUGUCUAUACAUAUAAGUGUAAAUGUACUUUCAAAAAGUUCUACAGAAAAGUAUUUUUUUAUUCAGAGUAUUAUGUGCCAUAACUUACUUAAACAUAUUUACUAUUAGUCAAUUAUUAUUCUUCUAAUAUAUCAUGUUAAUCAUGCAAGUCAAAUGGAAGAAAUUUAAAUAGCUAAAUUACUUUUUAGCUAGUUAAUUAUCAUAAUGUAUUAACUGUAGGAUUCUGUUUUAAUUCAUUAAUAAUUGUAAAUUUAAUGAAUAAUUUAUAAGACUUUUUACACAUAAAUAAGUGCAAUAAGCUAGUUUUUUAAUCUGCAAU